AUGGAUAGAGAUGUUGAUCAACGUGUCGAAUGGCUCCAUUCUGAACAAUAUUCUGCUGCUGGUAAAAUCUUUGGAGAGCCACAAAAGAUCGCGCGGGUUGGAGAUGAAUAUCAGGCACAAAUCCCAUCUUUGAUGACAGAAAGCGAGCGAUCCCAACUCAAGAAGGUACCCAUCUGUGAAUGUGGUCUGUCAAUUCCUGUCACAUGGGUUCACAGUCAACAUAAGAACAAGGAAGAAACCAUGGAUAUUGAAGCAAAUGCUAUGGGCUGGAAAACAGACAACGAUUUGGUUCCAGUUCCUUGUUCACAAACUGAAGAAUCUUGGAGCGCAAUUGAACAUGAUAGCUUUGUUCUUGGUUUAUAUAUAUUUGGUAAGAAUCUUCGUGUUGUGAACAAGUUCAUGGGGAAUAAAGGUAUGCAAAAUGUUAUAUCUUAUUACUAUGGGAAGUUCUACAGAAGCAGUGAACACCAAACAUGGUCAGUGUAUCGGAAGAAAAAAAUUAGCAAGUCCCUUCCUGGAAAAAAGAUUUUCAGAGGGUGGAGGCUGCACGAGCUUUUGUCUCGCUCGCUUUCUAAUGUAACCGAUGAGUGUAAAGCUAAGUUGACACAGGUCAUUAGAACGUUUGAGGAGGGUAAACUUUCAUUUGAGAAGUAUGUGUUCAGUUUAAGAGAUACAAUGGGCCUCGAUCUUCUUGUAGAAGCCGUAGCCAUAGGCAAAGGAAAAGAAGACCUUACAAUCAAGACCCAAACGCGAUUAAGCAGCAAAAAAGUAGAAUCUACUUGCUCUUCUCUUAAAACGGAAGAAAUUGUUGAUAUUUUGAAGGAUCGCAUUGGAUUAAGUAAAGCGCGGUUAAGUGAGUUCUUCUGGGCUGCUGUGUGGCCUCGUCUUUUAGCUAGAGGAUGGCGCUAUGAACAGGCUACAAACUAUGCGUUCCAAAACUCGAAGAAUCUAGUGUUUCUUGCACCUGGUGUGACAAAGUUUUCAAGGAGGGAUCUGGUCAAAGGAAGUCAAUAUUUUGACUCGUUGACUGAAGUGCUGAAUAAAGUUGCAUCUGAACCGCACCUUCUUGAACGCGAACCUGACAAUGAUGAACAAGAUUUGAUGAAAUGCACAGUUGUGGAUACCUGUUUGGUUGGGAUUGUUAAAGUCAGAGAGCUCACAAAUUUGACUGUUUCUAAACCUGCUGAUAUGCAAGCAUCAGCUAAUGUAUCUGGAGAAACUACACAUGACACAAUAGAAGAAUCUCAGAAUGACGAUGUGAAUCUUAACACAGUGGAAAAUACCAAAAUGGAUCCCUCUACAGACGAGCAACCAGAAAAAAAUCAGAAGUUGGUAUUCAAACGAAAAACAAAACGUCAAACUGUUGAUAAUAUUAAAAAUGAAAACAGCUGUGGUCCACAUGAAGACAUGGAAGAUGCUGCAUGUUCUCAGAAGAAGCGUAUGAAAAUAGUGAUCGACUUGAACAACCCACGAGCAGGUCCAGGUUCAGAUGAUGAUGAAAAACAAUCUUCUGCUAAGCAAUCAGUUUUAUCUGAAACAACCACCAACCAGAAUGACUCGUUGACUCCUCUUGCCAAUGGUCAACGACAGAGUAGAAGAAACCGUUUGUUGACCACAAAAGCAUUGGAAGCUAUUCAGAACGGAUUUAUGGACCCAAAAAAGAAGAGGAAAGAGCCGGAGGCGUGUUGGCAAGAAACUGUUGAUGCCAAAAACGGGGAGAAGCCCGAAAAACCAGAUAUGAUAGCCAUAGGAGCUGCAAUUGCAAAGAAAAGGACCGAUGAUAGAAGCAGGGGCGGAACCAGUGUUAUGUGA